AUGCAGUUGGCUUCCGAUUUUCAACAUGCUUACAGCAUUGCUUCUGGUCCCGCUCUAGCUGCAAUCUUAACACCAAUCGCGACUGCAAGCAACCCGCAACGCCUAAGAUCAUUCUACAAAAACACAAAUGCUCACCACCCAGACAAGGACAUCAAAACGCACUUCUGCUGGGGAAAAGACUUUAGGCUACCUAAGCCCGAACAAGCGAUCUGGGUCGACAUAUUCACGGCAUAUUGGGGAGCAGUGGGGGAGCUGCUAGAGUACGAGGAUGGAACCCCCGGAUCCAGUGCGGUUGAGAUCUUCACCGCGUGGAAAAAGCUGGCCAAUGCUCUGAUCAAAGGCUACGCUGGAUCAAACGGUCUCCCUGCUUGGACACUGCCUUGUUUGUAUACGGUCGGCAAGUUCCUGCGAACCUUUGCGAUCAAGGCGGAUUUGGAAGUCGCGGCGCGGGGAUCCUCGGGCUUUGACUUCCAAGACGACCUCUCCGUAGAUGUUGAAAAGAAUGCCAACCUGGAGGAGGCUGCCCGAAUCAUCAAUCGAAUGUUCACCCUUUGUUUGAGUGACCGUGCGCCGAUCGAAGAGUCUCGGAAAUGGGGCAUCUACGAGACCACCAAUCUCCUUUUCAAAACCUACUUCAAGAUCAACUCUGUAGGACUCACCAAGAACUUACUUCGCGCAAUCAAUGCGCAAUCCCAUGAGCUGCCUCCUCUUGACGCGUUCCCGAAAUCGCAUGUCGUCACAUUCAAGUACUACCUUGGGGUCAUUCACUUCCUUGAUGAACAAUACAUUCAGGCUGAGGAGCAUUUGACCGCCGCCUGGAAAAUGUGCCAUCGGGAUGCGUACAAGAACAAAGAGUUAAUUCUCACAUACCUGAUCCCAUGUCACAUGGUGACUACUCAUACUCUUCCUAGCAAACCGUUACUUGCACCUUUCCCGCGCCUUGAGCAGCUGUUUAGACCCCUGUCUACAUGCAUCCGCAAGGGCGAUCUUGUGGGCUUUGACGAGGCCAUGGCUGCCGGAGAAGCUGAGUUUGUGAAGCGACGUAUCUAUUUGCCAUUAGAGCGUGGACGGGACAUUGCACUACGUAAUCUUUUCCGCAAAGUCUUCACUGCUGGUGGGUUUGAAGAGCCCAAGGACGGUCAGCCUCCCAUUCGGCGAACUCGGAUACCAGUGGCUGAAUUUGCGGCGGCGCUGCGAAUUGGGACCCAUGCCACGAGUCGCACGAGAGUGGAUAUUGAUGAGGUAGAGUGCCUGUUGGCCAAUCUCAUCUACAAGGUCAGUGCUCAGCACAUUCUAGAGGGACAAGUUGUGAGAGCCGUCACUCAUCGUAUUUUUGCUUGCUUCCAGGGUCUGAUGAAGGGCUACAUUGCCCGAGAACGUGGCAUGGUUGUAUUGAGCAAGAACAACACCGCGUUCCCGGGGACUGGUGUCUAG